AUUUGUUUGAUUUUUCUUUAUUUCUUGUUAUUUAUUUCAAAUUAUAAAGACGAAAGUGUUAAUUUGCUUAUCAUAGCAGAAAUUUUUUUUUCCUUGGUUAAAACACGUGGACUGUUGCUGACGCAAAUACGUAGCGACAUAUCGAAAUAUUCCACACGAUCAGCUGUAUUUAUUCAUACCGUUUUCGAGAAUCGAAAGAAUCAUUCAAUUGUUGCGUGAUAAUGUGAAAGUAAUUUAAAAAUGAAUUUGUAUUCAGUUAAUCAACUUUUAUACAAAAGUGUUGUUAUUAGUGUAAUAUUUUUUAUUUUUGGUGUACUGACAACAACUUCAUAUGCACAAGAAGCUUCUAACCUCAAACAUGAAGCUGUCACGGAAAGCAAUAAAAAGAUCACGCAACCAAUUCUUAUACCGACAAAUUUGACUACUGUUACUCCGACAGAAUUAAACACUCCAAAUACUUCUGAUAAUAAUAAAGCGAAAGAAAACGUCACAACGUCAAGCAUAGUAAAUACAGAAUCUCACCAUACAUCUUCAAGUACAAUUCGAUCAGAUCAUGACAGUAACAAUCAAAGUACUGAGAAAGUUGCUACAGUAUCUACAAAUACUGUUAAUGAUAAAAAUGGAAAUAAUAUGUCAGAUUUUACAAUUCCAUCGCAGAGUUCAGAUAUCAGUAACUCAACGAAUACAAGUACAACAACAGUUACGCCAGCAGAACCAGUAUUACCUGACAAAGGAUCUGCAGAAGAAGAACAUAAUAGUUCUAUGUCUAUAUUUUUUGUCCUCUGUGUUCUAGCUUUAGGCAUUUUACUUAUACAUAUUAUGUUAGAAACCAAUUUCCAAUAUCUACCAGAAUCUGUAGUUAUUGUAUUUUUGGGAGGAGCUAUCGGUAUGAUCAUAAAUCUUAUGUCAAAUCAAAAUAUAGCUAAUUGGAGGAAAGAGGAAGCCUUCUCUCCAACAGCCUUUUUUCUUGUACUUCUUCCACCUAUUAUAUUUGAAUCAGGAUAUAAUUUACACAAGGGAAAUUUCUUCCAAAACAUUGGCAGUAUUUUAGUUUUUGCAAUAUUUGGAACAGCAAUAUCAGCAUUUGUUAUAGGAGCUGGAAUUUAUUUAUUGGGAUUAGCUCAGGUAGCAUAUAAACUUAGUUUUGUUGAGAGUUUCGCGUUUGGAUCAUUAAUAUCAGCAGUAGAUCCUGUCGCUACAGUAGCAAUAUUUCAUGCCUUGGAUGUAGAUCCAGUAUUGAAUAUGUUGGUUUUUGGAGAAUCCAUUUUAAAUGAUGCUAUUUCUAUUGUACUAACUACAUCAGUAUUGGAGUCCAAUAAUGCAACAACCACUAGUGAAGCCAUUAUUCUUGGCUUAAACAGAUUUUGUCUAAUGUUUUUUGCUUCUGCUGGCAUUGGAGUUGUCUUUGCUCUUAUAAGUGCAUUACUAUUAAAACAUGUAGAUCUCAGAAAAAAUCCUUCUCUUGAAUUUGGACUUAUGCUGGUAUUUACAUAUGCACCAUAUGUUCUGGCAGAAGGCAUUCAACUGUCUGGUAUUAUGGCAAUUUUAUUUAAUGGAAUUGUAAUGUCACAUUACACACAUUUUAAUUUAUCAACUGUAACUCAAAUUACAAUGCAACAAACAAUGAGGACUUUAGCAUUUAUUGCUGAAACUUGUGUGUUUGCAUAUUUAGGAUUAGCUUUGUUCAGCUUUAGACAUCGGUUUGAACCAGCACUUGUUAUAUGGUCUAUUAUUCUGUGUUUGAUUGGAAGAGCUGCAAACAUCUUUCCUUUAGCUUUCCUUGUCAAUCGUUUUCGAGAACAUCAAAUUACUAGAAAGAUGAUGUUUAUAAUGUGGUUUAGUGGCUUAAGAGGCGCUAUUUCUUAUGCUUUGUCACUGCACUUAGAUUUCAGUGAUGAAACACGACAUGUGAUCAUUACUACCACGUUAAUCAUUGUAUUAUUUACAACAUUAGUAUUUGGUGGUUCUACAAUGCCAUUAUUAAAGUUUUUAAGGGCAGAAAAGAAACAAAAAAGUAAUAGCAGAAGGAAAAGGAAAGAUAAAGAGAUUUCACUCAGUAAAACUAGGGAAUGGGGACAAACAAUAGAUUCUGAACAUCUGUCAGAACUUACAGAAGAAGAAAUUGAAGUAUCUUUUCUUCAAUCCCGAAUCCGUGGUUUUGCAAGAUGGGAUCUGAAAUUCUUCAUUCCAUUCUUUACUAGAAGGUUCACCCAACAGGAAUUAAAAGAUUGUAAAUCUCAAAUGACAGAUUUAACGAAUCAAUGGUAUCAAGCGAUUCGAAUCAGUCCUAUGGAAUCAGACGAUGAAGUAACUACGGCGUCAACGGCGCAAUUAACUAUAAAUCUAUCAGCAGAGAACCAGGGUCAAGUACGUGGGAAACAAACCAAAGGACGUCCAAGUCACGGGUCUAUAUUAAGUAUAUAAUUUAUUUUUGUGUGCUGUGCUAAAUUUGCUGUUAAUGCUAUGCUUACCAGCGAAUGUAUACAAACUUUUAUAAGCACGUAAAUAGGAAUUAAAAAAAAGAUAUUUUCUGUGAUUGCUAUAUGAAAUAUAGUCUUGAUUUCCAUUAUGCAAUGUAUACAGUACAUAUUUUCAAUGUUCAAAAUCAUAAACUGUUUAAUUUGUUUUGUACUAAAAUGAAAUAAUAUUUCAUAUGACAAUAAGGUGUUGUUAAAAGGAAGCAAAAACUAAAACAUUAAUCAAAAAUAAUUAUUUGUUAGCUUCAGCAAAUAGUUUACUAUUGCGAUUUAGCUAGAAAAACAAUUUUCAUGUAGAUCAUUUGAUCGUGAUUGGUGAUGAACAUUUGCUUUGCUCUCAAAGCUUCUUGGUGGUGAAGGGUUGUACUUGAUACACAUAAAAUUUGGAAGUAUUAAUAAGUUUUAAAUUAAUUUACAGAGACGUCGAGGAUUGGUCUGAUUAAUAAUCAAGUUUAUAUAGCUAAAAUUGUGGAAUUAUUUCGUCAGUUAAAAAUAUUAUAGUAUUGAAAUAUAUGUAUUAUAUAUAUUAUAUUACAGAAAUUGGCAUAACAAUCUUAGUACCGGACUUGUCUAUAAAUAACAAGUUCAUACAUUGUGCUACGUACAAUAGUACAUAAUUGACCAUGUAAUUCAAAUUUUAGAACGUUAUAGUAUUUAACAAGGUAUAGUGUAUAGUGAUAUGAACAAACAUGUGAUACUUUAAAAAUAUUUAAUUUCUGCACAAAAGGUUAUAUACAUUAUGAAAUGUCUAUGUUGUAUAUUAUGUGUUAAGAUAUUUAUAUAAUACUACAAAUUUCAUAUGGCACUAAAAUAUA